UUCAAUCAGAUUUAUUACCCUAGUGGUGUUUAUUUCAACUAAUUUUAACACGGUCGUUUAAUUAUAUGUCACCGGUAUUAAAAGCUAUAGAUCAAGAAAGACUUGAUAGUUCUAUAUUUGUUAAAAGGGAGAGCGUCCUUUACAGAUAACAUGGCUGCUAAAAGAAAGCCCAAGUUGAAGGCAAAAGGAAAGAUAUCUUCAAAAACUCAACCUUCCAUUUCCAGGAAGAUAACAAAGAAACCCACACUGGCUUCUCCAAAAACAAGUGGUGUGAGAAGAGUUUUGCGUAAAACUCCUGCUAAAACUAUCAAUAACAAAGUAACUAAAAAUUCUAAGAAAUUAAAAGCAGCAAAAGAAGUUUUAGUUAAACCAAAUCUAGCUUUAUCAGAACCAGUGAAGCCUAAAGUUUCUUCCUUGGCAACUACAAACAAGAAAGCUAUAAAGUGCAAAAGUUUUUCUUGCAAGCAGUGCAAAAUAGAAUUCUCUUCCAUUGGAUUGUUAAGAAAACACCAGUAUGUUUGUGAAAUACCUAAGAACAAAGAGGUAACAUCAAAGACUGGAACUAAAACUCCAACUUCAAGAGGAAAAAAAGAAGCUUCAAAAGUGAUUUCAAGUGCAGCUUCUAUUGAAAAUGGAAAUGCUGACAUUGGAGUUGUUAAUACAACUUUAGAGUCCCAGUCCAGACGAAAGUUGCGCACAAAAGAAAAUGACACUAAAAUUGAUAUUCCAAAAAGUUAUGGAAGGAAACGUCGGGCCCCUGCCAAUGAUGCUACUCCUGUGUUUUCUGAAUUACACUCUGAAGAAAAUGAUAUAAAUGGAUCUGCUCCCCCGUUAAAGAAGAAAAGAGGGCAAAGUGUUAAAAAUUCGGUAAAGACAAAGGAAUCAUGUGAAGUGUCAGCUGACCGAGAAAAUGUGCAAAAUGAUACCGAAGUUCCCAGUGGUGGAGGCUUGCAGUCCUCAAUGUUCAAUAAGGUCAAGACUUUACUAUCGAAUUCAAAAUCUUGUGAAAAGGUACCUCAGCCUUCUGAAGGUUCUGCAGUUAGUAAAACCAAAACAAUGCAAAUAUCUGCAUCAAAUUUACGAAAAAAUAUUGCAUUUUCUCUGGAGAGAAAUACUGAACCUAUUGCUAAAAAAAGUUUACCAGUACUUACCAAUAGAAAAACUAAUAUUGGCAGGUCAAAAAAGAGUAAUAUCAACACAUCAGAUUCCCCGACUGUUAGAGGAAAAGAUGCAGUUCGUCAAAAAUACCCAUCUGGUAAUGAUGUAGAAAUUCUGUUUGAUAACAAUAUGAAUGCUGAUAGUGCUGCUUUAGCUGGAAAUGUAAAAAAAGAAAUAGAUUUGUUAGAAGUUAGUGAUGAGCCAACAAAUAAGCAAUCAAGCUCUGUACUGGAAAAUAAUAUCAUCAUUCCAGAGGUUAUUACUGUUGUAGAGGCUCAAAAUUCUGGAAAUGUUUCUAACAAAGAAGCUGAAAAAGAUGAUGCCAUUUUGCCUGAUAACAUCGAACCUGAAAUAUUAACUCCGCUUCAACCAGUGAAAGAGGAAAAUGAUCCACAUGAUUAUUUAGAUAUAUAUGAUGAAAGCAAUGGAACAAGUUUUCCUCAGGAACCAGGCCCAAGUGUAGAUUCACCUGAGAGAAUAUCAGAAACUACUAAUUCGAAGAAAGUUGCUAAUAAAGAAGGCUUUGCUUUUACUUGUGCUGUAUGCCAGAAAAAUUUCAGUCGAAAGUAUCAUCUUGAUCGUCAUUUACGAAUAUCUAAAUGCUCUGGUUUACCUAUGCCGACAUUUCCCUGUGAAUUAUGUAACAGAGUAUAUACAAGAAAGGACAAUUUACGUGAACAUUUACGAUCUCAUACCGGUGAAGUGCAUCGUAGGAAAAAUCACAAGUGCCCGUAUUGUGACAAGGCAUUCCAUGGUCAAUCUUUACUUGCAAUUCAUGUUCGUAAGCACACUGGAGAGAAACCUUAUGCUUGUGAUUAUUGUCCAAAAAAAUUUCCCUCUACUGGAGCUCUGUCCAAGCAUCGUAUGACUCAUACAGGGGAGAAACCUUAUGCUUGCAAUGAAUGUGGAAGGAGAUUUACUUUGAAGGGAACUUUGAGUCGCCAUUUAAGAACUCAUACUGGCAUCAGACCUCAUACUUGCACCUUUUGUGGGAAAAAAUUCAUUCAAGUAGGUGGUUUAAAUGCUCACAUGUUUUUCCACACUGGAGAAAAUGGUUUUAAAUGUGACGACUGCGGCAAAAUAUUUAAUAGAAAAGCCCGUCUUCAAAUGCAUCAGCUUUACGUUCAUAUAAAACUCAAACCAUUUGUUUGUGAACAUUGCCAAAAGUCAUUCACUCGCAAAGAAGAUCUCAUGCGUCACUCUGUUUUGCACACUGGGGAAAAACCUUAUAAAUGUCCGACCUGUGACAGACGUUUCUCUGUGAAACCGUCUUUAAAGCUACAUCUCUUGACGCAUACAAAGGAGGAGCCAAGGUCUUGUCAUGAAUGUGGCAGGGCUUUCAUUCGCAAGGAUUGUCUACUGCGGCACAUGAGAAAGCGACACAGAGAUGUGUUCGAUAAACUACUCUUUGACGAAAAAGACGAGAAAGACACCAAUAUCAUCAAUACUAGGGUUUUGAGUGAGAAGGAUCUUACUGAAAAUAUACGAGAACUUUUGUAUCUACUUAUUGAUGAGCCGACUCUCAUCGGUUUUGGAUGGCCAGAUAAACCUGUUGAUGAGGUUUUGGAAUUAGUUAUUCAGAGAUGUGGACAUACACCUGUUAGCAGAGAUCAUUAUGUUUACAUGGAUAGAUUGCGUGAAAAUGCUAAGUUACUUUUUACGGUUGUUAUUGACGAUAAUGCUGUUAAGACUCUGCUCAAUAAUCAAACUGUUGAUGAGGUUAUUCUUCAUGUCCUCAGACUAGCUAAAACGUGAUGUGCUAAAUUUCUUGUUACCUAUUUUAUAUUGAGCUACGUAGAGUUAUAUCUAAAUUUUAUACUUUUAGAAUUUUAUCUUUAUACAUAGGGGAAUGUAUCUUCCAUCAUAUUACUUGUCAAAGGAUUUCUAGUUUUUAGAAAUACAUUAACCUUUAAAUUUAUAAAACUUAUAUCAAAAGGUAUUUUUCUAUAAAGAUUUUCUGCUGUUAAAGUUGUUAAUAUUCUACUUGUUAAGAAGUCAUUUUACUUAUUAAAAUGUAACAAGUGCCUUUAAUUGUUAAAAAUUCUUUUACCUAUCAUAAAAAAGCCUGUUAAAGUUUUGAAGACCUUAGUGGACAAAUAAGUUGAAAGAAAUUUUAAACUAAAAAUUUUUGUACAAUUAUUAAUGUACUAUUUGUUAAAAAGGUGUUUUAUCUCUAAAAAAUUGUUUUAUUUUUUGAUAAGUUUCUUAAGCCUUUAAUUGUCAAAAAGAACUUUUAUCUAAGAAAAAAGUGCCUUUUAAAGUUUAAGAACUUUGUGGUAGACAAGUCAAAAGUACUUUUUUAAGGGAAUCACCUGUCGAAUUCAUCAAAACAUAGUGAAGCUGUUUCAAAAAGCAUGUAGAAAGCUUAACAUAAUGAACUAAUAUUCUAUUACUUGCUGUUGACCAUAGCAUAUUCUUAAUCAGACGAUUUAAAUACUUCUAAAGUAUUACAUGAAAUGUUAUUCUACUAUUUUUUAAUUAUUCUCAGCCAAUAUAUGAUGGUUUAUUCAAGCUUCUGUAUUAUGUUUUAAAAACAGAAAAAAUAUCUCUAUCAUUUUUUAUUUUUGGCAGUUGAUUAUACAUAGUAGCCAAAUUAAGAUGUUUUACUAUUUCUUAAGACAGGUACCUUGUCCUCCUAAAAGCUAUUGUAUUUUGUGAAAUAUUUAUGCUGUUUUUUAUAAGCAUUUAAAUGUGUAAUUUUACUUUUAUUCCCAAAUGGAAAAACAUUAUUAAACCCAUACUUUGACUCUAUUAA